CAAGCACACAGACAGUGAAGUUCCGGAUGCAACUCUGGUUUCAUUUUUGAGUGCAGUCAGUACUGUGUGGUGCAACUUCCCCUGCACACAGUGUGUGUGCUUUAUGCUGCUCUGCACGGGAGCUGCAGCUUCAGCAUGGAGCCGAGCCUCGGGGGCAGCCUCAGCUCCUGGUAAAUUGCAUCCCACUUGCUGUGAGAAGAUCUGCAAAGAGCUGCCAGAAAAUUACUGAAGGAGAGAAUAUUUACCAGGAGUGAAAAUACAAUGGAUCCAGACAUCUUAAAUGUGUUUACACAGCCUCCUACCCUUAAUCAAUUCCUUGUUGAGAAUGCCAUCACUCCAGGAGAGAAGAAGAAACUCAUAAAACCCACUGCAAGCAUCAAUCCCAAAUUGGAGGAGUUAAAACUGUUAUUGAUUGACUGGAUUAACACAACUCUGAAACAGGAGCACAUAGUAGUUAAAAGUUUGGAAGAAGAUCUGUACGAUGGACUGGUACUUCAUCAUCUCUUUGAAAAACUAGGAUCUCUCAAGCUGGAUGUUGACAAGAUCGCAUUAACAGAAAAAAAGCAGCGGCAGAAACUCUCCGUGAUUCUGGAAGCUAUGGAUAAGUGUUUGCAACUGGAUGAAAGUCAGCUGAAAUGGAGUGUGGAAUCUAUCUUAACAAAGGACUUACUGAGCACCCUGCAUCUUCUGGUCGCAAUAGUAAAGCACUUCCAACCCAGUCUGGCUAUUCCUCCAAAUGUUCGAGUGGAAACAAUCACCAUUGAGAACACCUCCAAAGGAUUAAAGACAACAAGUGCAGUGGAAUAUAUCACAGGAAGCAAAGAAAAUUUAGAAGAGCAGUCAACAGGUGAUGCCUUUGAUGAAUUAUUUAGCCGUGCUCCAGAUAGACUGGAUGGUGUGAAAAAGGUAUUUUUGCAAUUCGUCAACCAGCAUGUUGGAAAAUUAGGAUUAAAUGUGAAAGACAUGGAAUCUCAGUUUGCAGAUGGUGUUAUCUUACUGCUGUUAAUUGGACAACUGGAGGGUUACUUUCUGAAUUUAAAGGAUUUCUUCCUGACUCCAGCUAGCACCGCAGAGAUGCUUCACAACGUUAACCUUGCAUUGGAUUUGCUGACAGAUGGAGGUCUUCUAAAUUUUUCUGUGAACUCUGAAGAUAUUGUGAAAGGAGAUAUGAAGUCUACAAUGCAGAUUCUGUAUUGCUUGUAUUCCAAAUACAAGACUAAAGAGACAUGAAGAGCAAGACUAAGAACUUGGAUGCUGUUUGCCAUUGUGCGUGCACUUGUGUUUGACACUUGCUGCAUUAAUAUUGCAUGUUCAAAUAUGUAUUUGUGCAAGGUUUCACACAUCCUGAAUAACUGGAAGUUAGUGCAUGUCCAGGGCCAGUGAACUGUGUAGUUCUGUGUCUGUAGCUCUUUGUCUCCCUCUCUUGUUCUUUCUGAGACUCCCUAAUGCUGCAAAGUGUAACACAUGCUUGUAAAAGAUUCUGGAUUCUUCACUUCUGAAAAUGAAUAUGAAAGAUGUUAUUACAACCCCCGUGUGUUUCUGCUUCUGGUUUGCUCUGGAAAUGGGAGAAGGGGAUAACCAACCAUGACAUCUCCCAGAAGAUUACAGAUACUAUGAAAGUUCAGAUUCAAAAACUUAUUGACACAGGUGGCCAGCUGUUCUCAGACAGGAGACUGUGGAUUGGACACCAGAUGAAUAGGUAGCCAAAAUGAAAUCAUAACUUACCAAAGUCUUUGAUAAAAGUUUCAUCACUUGCUCACUCAAAUCUGGAAAAGGGACCUACGAUAACAUGCCGAUGUAAGACUAGUAACAGAAGGGUCACCUGCACAGCUAUGGAAAGAUGCCCUGAUUUUCUUGCUAAGCUAAUGCCAAACUGGUCAGCUUCAGCCUGUUGCAGCCCUAGUGUAACAUGCGACUAGCGAAAAUGUUGAUGUCAAGCAUGUUACGGGAGAGACUGACCUGACUGCAUUUCCCUCCAGACGGAGGUGGACAGAACCUGGCUUGGCUUACUCUGCAGCUGGUAGAAGAGGGAAGCAUUGAUUGAAGUAACAAAACUCAGCUUCUGCCACUUCCGACAGCAUAGUCAUGAUGCGGGGGCUCUCAAACUCUUGUGGGACUUUCUUAGCUGCAUUUGUCCAGCAAACGUCCUCACGCAACGCAGCAGGCCCCCCUGGAUGCAGCUAGCUAACCACAGUUCAUGUCAAUUGUCACCCUUGCUCUUUCUCUGAGGUUUUAAAUCUGAACUCCUUCAAAACCUUCAUCAGUUCCUUUGACCUUAAAAUUAUGUCAUGUUUGUGUUACAUAAAGCUUGGGAUUUGAUUAAAAAACAAAAAAGUUUUUAUAUUA